AGUUGCAUAGUGGGCAUCGAUAAAUGGACCUUUUCUUUACAUUGCUUGAAAGCCAUAAACAUUUCUCUAAUUUCCCUUGAAUCAUGGCCAUUCGCCAUCCUCGAUUUUUCAAGGUCAUGCAGAAUCACAAAGAGGAGAUUAGACUUCCGAAGAAAUUCGUGGAGAAAUAUUGGAAAGGAAUUUCAAAUCCGGUGUUACUUAUUCUACCAAAUGGAGUUGAACACAAAGUAUUUUGGAUUGAACGUGACGGUGAUAUUUGGUUUCAAAAGAACUGGGAAAAACUUGCAAAAUUUUUAAAAUGUAAUUAUUUUUUAACUUUUAAAUUUAUAUGUGAAUCACAUUUUAAGGUUAAAAUAUAUGACACAACCACUUUAGAAAUAGAUUAUUCCCAUAUAAAAUUUGUAAGUGAAGUUGAUGAAGGUGUAAAAGAAGCUGAAGACGUUAUUGAAGUGAGUGACAAUAGGGAUAAGAGUUUAGAUGAGAGUGAACCAUCCAAGCAUGUUCAAAUGAAAAAAGUUAAUGGCAAGAGAAAAAGUAUGGAUUUUGAUCCUACACAUGAAAAAAUUUCAGGUACUAGCAUAGGAAGCAUGACGGAGAUGUCUAAAGAGUGUCAAACAACCGAAGCUAUGAAUGAGAACCCAAGGUUUGAAGUUAAAUUGACACCAUCUUCUAUCCAAAACUAUAGAUUGAGGAUACCAACUGAUUUUUCUAGGGAAUACUUGAACAAGUUCAAUGGUACGACAACUAUGAGAGUCGGUGAAGACGGAACUAUGAAAGUUAAAAUCAAGUUUGAUGAUAUCUAUAGUCGAUCUAUUGUGAGUGGCGGUUGGACAAGGAUUGUUAAAAAGUAUAAAUUGCAUGUUAAUGAUGUUUGUAUAUUUGAGAUGAUUCAACUCCAACCACCUUCCUUCGUUAUUACUAUUAUUCGAGGAGAAGAAGAUCCAAGCUCGAAGAAGUUGAAAGGUUACAAAGAAGGAAAAUCUUGUGAUAAUAUUGCAAAGAGAAAAGACAUUCCAGAAACUUCUAGGAGCUGUCCAAAGUUACAUGUUCUGGAUGAUUUAGAAGACAAUAGUGUGACUAAAAAGAAUAUAUUUGAAGUUGUUGUCAAUUCAUCAUACCCGUGUGUACCAAAUGCGUUUAUGAAUAGACAUGUUGGAUGUCAUGGAAAAUUCUUGGAGUUGAAAGUGGAAGAAAAAUCUUGGUUUGUGAAACUGAGUUAUUAUCCCACACACAGUACAUUGUAUGCAGGUUGGAGAAAAUUUAGGAAAGAAUGCAAAUUGGAGGCAGGAGAUAUUUGUUUCUUUGAGUUGGUCGAUGAGAACAAAUGUGUGUUUAAGGUUUCAUUUGAAAGGAACAACCUAGGAGAAGAUGUUAGAUCUGUUUGAAUGUUUCUUUGUUUAUGCUUUGUUAUUAUAAGCACUGAUAUAUUUCAUAUGAAUUCUCAGUUAUAUCUGGUAAAAGAGGCGUAGAGUUGUGAUGCUUUCAUAAAUGUUGUAACAGACUCGGGUCGGUCCGUGACAGGAAAUACAUGGGUGCCAAGAAAUACAUGUUCUC